AUGAAUAGCAAGGAAGCAGGACAUAGUAAAAAGAACACAACAACAGCAACUCGUAGACUAAAGCAGGAUUACCUCAGGCUAAGGAAAGACCCUGUGCCUUACAUCUGUGCUGAGCCUCUGCCCUCCAAUAUACUGGAAUGGCAUUAUGUUGUUCGUGGACCUGAGAAAACCCCUUAUAAAGGUGGCUACUAUCAUGGCAAACUGAUGUUUCCCCCAGAAUUUCCAUUCAAACCACCUAGUAUUUAUAUGAUAACGCCUAAUGGAAGGUUCAGUUGCAAUACACGGCUAUGCCUGUCCAUAAGUGACUACCAUCCUGACACAUGGAAUCCUGCAUGGUCAGUCUCUGCCAUACUUACAGGACUGCUGAGCUUCAUGGUGGAAAAUAUCCCUACAUUAGGAAGCAUUGAGACUUCUGACUAUACUAAAAGAGAGCUGUCUGAUCAGAGCUUAGCCUACAACCUGAAGGACAAAGUUUUUUGUGAGCUUUUUCCUGAUGUUGUGGAGGAGAUCAAGAUGAAGCAAAAGACUCAGAAAGACAUGGUAACGCAGGCUCUCCGUGUUAAACCUAAAAGAGCUCAAGAAGUUGGUGAUCCUGCCCUUAAUGGUCAUGUGCCCAAACGGAGGGCAAAGCCCAGACAACCUCGGGCACACCACCAACCAAAUCAAAACCUUAGGGGAACACUUACAACCUUGUUUGUUAUAGCUAGCAUUGUUGUUUUUGCCAUCACAUUCAAGUUUGCGCUACAAAAAUAAGUUCUGACUGAGAA